AUGGCUGACGAAACAACUGACGUAUCUGCUCAGUUUCAAUUGUCAACAAUAUUUAGAUAUUUACUAUCGGAUGGAAUACCAGUAGAAAGAUUUUGGGGAUUUUUCAAUCCUACUGGACACGAUGCGAAAUCGUUGUCUGAAUGCAUAAUAUUCAAUUUGGAAGAAGUCCUAGAGUCGCCAGAUAUGUUGAUUUGUCAGAGUUACGACGGUGCAAAGGUGAUGAGUGGACGUCUCAAUGGUAUACAAAAAAUAAUAAACAAUAGCUAUAAACAUUCACAUUUCAUACAUUGCUAURCUCAUCAGCUUAAUUUAAUUUUAAUUCAAGCAACUUCACAAAAUCGUGAGAUAAGAAUUUUUUUUUCAAACCUAACUGAUAUAACCAAUUUUUUUUCCAACAGUCCGAAGCGGGUUACGGUUUUAGAUAAAAUUGUUAAACACAGAGUUCCUCGAUCAUCUAAUACUAGAUUGAAUUUUAAAAGCCGAAUAGUAAAUACUGUGUAUGAGAAUCUUGAGUGGUUAAUUGAAUGUAUGAAAGAAAUUGAAUCAACAUUUAAUCAAACCAUAACAAUUAAUCUAGCUGGAGCUUUGCGUCGGAUGUUAAUUGAUGAUGAUUUAUAUUUUGGUUAA